AGCCGAGGUGGAUGGUGCAUGGCCUGCUGUACACAAUCUCAUCAAAACGUGUUGUCUAGACUCCGAAAGGGGCUGGCCGAGACAGGAAAAGGAGAGCGCUUAGAACGGGAUGAAUCCGACAAAGAUGAUUUAAAAUAUAAUUUCCAAUCAUGAAUCUUAGAGGAUUGUUUCAGGAUUUCAAUCCAAGCAAGUUCCUCAUUUACGCAUGCCUGUUGCUAUUCUCUGUGCUGCUGUCUCUACGGCUGGAUGGGACGAUCCAGUGGAGUUACUGGGCAGUAUUCACACCCAUUUGGCUUUGGAAGCUGAUGGUCAUCAUUGGUGCAUCUGUUGGCACAGGAGUCUGGGCCCACAACCCUCAGUACAGGGCAGAGGGUGAGACAUGCGUGGAGUUCAAGGCCAUGCUGAUAGCUGUGGGGAUCCACCUCCUGCUGCUGAUAUUUGAGGUUCUGGUGUGUGACCGCAUCGAGAGGGGCUCCCAUUUCUGGCUGCUUGUCUUCAUGCCCCUGUUCUUCGUCUCCCCCGUCUCUGUGGCAGCAUGUGUCUGGGGCUUCAGACACGACCGCUCUCUGGAGCUUGAGAUACUGUGCUCCGUGAACAUCCUUCAGUUCAUUUUCAUCGCCCUUCGGCUGGAUAAAAUCAUUAACUGGCCCUGGCUGGUGGUGUGCGUGCCACUGUGGAUCCUCAUGUCCUUCCUCUGCCUGGUGGUUCUGUACUACAUUGUUUGGUCUGUGCUCUUCCUCCGCUCCAUGGAUGUCAUAGCUGAACAGCGACGCACCCACAUCACCAUGGCAAUCAGCUGGAUGACCAUUGUUGUGCCCUUGCUCACAUUUGAGAUACUCCUGGUGCAUAAGUUGGAUGGGCACAACAACUUCAACUAUGUCCCAGUGUUUGUGCCCCUGUGGCUGUCCCUUGUCACCUUAAUGGCAACAACCUUUGGCCAGAAAGGAGGCAACCACUGGUGGUUUGGCAUCCGUAAGGAUUUCUGCCAGUUCCUGCUUGAGCUGUUCCCCUUCCUGCGGGAGUAUGGCAAUAUCUCAUACGACUUGCAUCACGAGGACCCUGAAGUGUCUGAAGAGUUGCCAGUUCCAGAACCACCCAAGAUAGCUCCAAUGUUCCGCAAGAAGACAGGGGUGGUGAUCACACAGAGCCCAGGGAAGUACUUUGUGCCCCCUCCCAAACUGUCUAUCGAAAUGCCUGACUAGAAAUAUGAAUGUGUCACCGAAAACUGCAUUUGACACAAGGAGAACAGGGAGAGCAUAAAACCUGUCUGCCUCACUUUGCCUUGUCUGGCCGAAGUUCAGGGGGAUGGCAGAUUGUCCAAGGGACAAGUCAAGUGCCAAUGUGAUGUUCUCUGUCUGAAAACACAAACCAGAAGCAAAUGGCCACCUGCCAAGAACCCUUUUUGUUCACAUUUUCCUUUUUGAACAGGAGGAUUUGCCAGUAUUAUUAUUUUCACUUUGAGAAGAAAUGCUGGCAACCUUUAGAUUGUUUACCUUCCACGCGAAUUAGUGUAUCAACACUACAUUGUGGCUGUGUUUGGGGAACAGCUGGGUUGCUUUUAAAUUAUUUGAAGGGAACCCCUCUCUGGUCUACUUCAUACAGCCACAUUGGAAAUAGGCAUGUUUUUCUGUGUCUGCACACUCCUGUAUAUAUAUUGUGCCACUAAGAAGGAUAAUGCAAAGUAUAUUCCCAUUUUUCUUCAUUGCAUUACUGCAAGAUGAAAAUUGAGCAAUAUGUAUGACUGGCUAGCCUAAGCAUCUCUAGAUUUCCUCAACCAAAAUGAUUUGGACUAACUUAAAUGUAACUUUACUCUAAGGGCAGAUGUAUGAUUUCACUGCAGCAGAGAAUUUGCUAGGCAUUGUUCUUGUGGAAGGCUAGAUGACUUUCAAAAUGAUUGGUGGUGAAUCAGAAACAUUGUUUAGCUGAUGCUUGGACAGUUGCUUGACUUUUUUUUGGAAAACCUGUCAUGUUGCUGUGGAUGGAUGACAGAAGGAUGGAUCUCUACAGAUUUGCAAAAAUACUCUGACUGAAGAAUAGUCUCAAAGGACUCAUCACACUGUGAAACAGUUGAACUGCUACCAUAAAAGGCAGGCACGAUCAUCGGUGAAAGUGGCAGUGUAUGCUGAUUCUCCCCUUUCCUUUUUUCAUCAAGCUGAUGACUGAUAGUUAUACUGCUUAAUUUAUACAAUUCUGGACUGUUCCUUUUCUAACACUUGCUCUCAGUAUGACCCCAAACUGGCACCAUUUAGCCAGUGCUUUUACAGGUUUGGCAGUUCUCUUUUUAAAUUCUGUUUAAAUUUCUGUUGUAUUUCAUGUCCUUGCUUGGCUGCAAUCCCGGAAUAACUGAAAUUUGGUUUAAGGGCACCUAGCGCUGUGCUCCAAAGACCACUUUUGGAUUUUUCUGCAGUUAUGUAAUAUAUUUUUUAUUUUUAUUUUUAUCUUUUAAUUUUAAACAUUCUGGGGAAGUAAUCUUAAUAAUUUGCUGUCACCCAUUUCACUGAAUUAAACAAUCCAGGUUAAUGAGUCUUCCAUGACACAAUUGUAAAUCCAAAGUAUUUUCAUUCUCAUUUUCUCCCAGGGGUUUCCUUUCCAGACACCCAUCAGGUGUUGUGAUAAAAUCCAUGAUCCCUUAGAACAUGUAUUUUGGUCACUUGAAGGCAGAGCACAGACUACGUGGCAGUGCCAAAAAAAGACCAGCAGGUGGCACUAUUAUCUUUUCAAGGUAUUGAGAGCCACCAAGAAUGACAGCCUACAAAUCUGUAUGACAUAAACUAUUGUACCGUGUCCAGAGCUGGAAGGCCAUUUAAAUAGUUCCGACAUAAAACCCACGGGCAGUGGCACUCAAGCGUCAAGCUCAGGAAAGUGCAACCGCUGUAUCCGUUCUGUUUUUUUCCCUCCUCUUCAACUAUUGAAAUAUUUAACAGUUUUUCUAUCUCUAUUCAGCCAAGAAUAAUCUUAAAGGGCUCUGUCAGAUUGUUUGCUUUGUCUUUUUAUCUAAAAUUCAAUGGAAGUUUUACUCAAAUUACAUCCAAGAAGCUAAUAAUUUUGCUGCCUCUAAAAACUUUAAAGACUUAAGGACAGCCUUUGCCCUAGAGGACAAUUUUAGGGAUUUAUAUUUUCUAGUAAGAAAUUCAUUAACUGCUGCAAUGUAAUAACUAUUCACUUUUCUUCCAUCACCUCUGGCGCUCCUCCUCCCUUCUCAAAUACACUUUGUAAUACCUUCUUAGGGGGCCAAGCAUGCAGCCUCUUGUAUCCCCUGGUUUUAUUAGGGGCCCAAACCCUAUUGUUUUAUCGGUCCAAACAGCAAAGCUGCUGGAACCCUGUUGUUUUGCUAGGAUUCCUUUUAUUAUUAUUUUUAUUUCUGCUCUUACAGCAAUGAGCUAGAAUGGCCCAGAAUCGCCAAACGUCGUAGGCUUUUUUGGAUAGCUGAACUCUUAGAUCCAUUAAAUUAUGGCACAAAUGUACCACCUGGUGGCGCUGUAGUGCCCAUUGACAUUCACAGGCCCAGCCCCCAUGCCUGUUUGCCCUAGAGUCACAAACUCCUCUCCCCAUGAGGAACAAAUUUGCCUCAAGGAUCCAUUCAAGGAUUUUUUGCUAAUUAGCAUUUUUGAAAAGCACUUAUUGCUUCUUCUACAAAAUUUUGGUAUUUUGGCUCAUCUGAUAUUUAUUUAUACAGCUUUGCCUUUCUAGUGGUUAAGUAAAAAUGAGGCCCAAUGACAAGCCAAUUAAUUUUCAAUGGGCAUGGUUUAUCACAGAAACGCUAAUAAUUCCAAAACCGUUUGGUAUGUGCAUUAACAAUAAGAUCUUGACUCUUUGCCAAAUCCAACAACAUGGUGGCACUAUAGUGGUCAAAAUAUACAUGAAAAUUGAUGUGGUGGUACAUGGUUUCCGCAUGUACCACCAAGGAAGCAAGCACAAUUUUGUUCUACUCGGUAAGCAGGUGGCUCUAUUGUUGGGGAAAAUAUACAAUUGGCCAUAACUCCUGAAGCAAAUUACCAAAUGUCUUGUGAUGUUGUAUGCUACAGGUAUGUCUUGGCCACAGGUACAGACAGUCCAUUUAUGAAUGUUCAAAAAACAUCAGAAUUCAUUAGGCAGACUUACCAAGGUCUAAUCAACUUGAAAUUAGGUACAUGUACUCACUGUCUCUUGGAUUGGAAAUGGUUUAUCUAUUUUCCUUUGUCCACAGAAUGAGACCUGUAAAACUUGGCACAGUGGCACAGGAUACCUCCCUAUGGCCACUGAGUGAUUUUAGCACUGAUUGGCCACUUGUUAAGUGGCAUGACAUUGGCUGUGUGUGUUUGGACCACGUGUAGCUGUGCUUGCAGCUAUAUUUUUGUAUUAAUUUCCCCCAGAUGUUGCUCCAAGUUCCUUUUGGUUGUCAUGGUAAUCAAUGAGAUUAUUCACCCUCCUUUUUUGUACUAGAUUUAUGUCUUUGGGGUCCUGCAACCACAGUUGUUGUGUUUCCUGGAAUUUAGUCUCUUUCUGUUGUAUAACAUUUUUAGUGUCUUGUUCUCUUAAGGUACAUCCGCUCUCAGCAGGUAUGAGAGCUGCCUGGCAAGUACCAUUGUUAUUAUUAUCAUUGUUUGGUUUGGACCAAUAUUUUUGUGGUAUUGACAAGUCUUUUGAAGUCUUGAAUGCAAUAUGUGUAUUAAUUACUAUUACUGUAAUUUCUUGGUUUUGAAACUAAUAAUAAAACACACAGUUGAAAAAUACCCCA